AUGAACGCAGAUCUUCUCUCCUCGAUUCAGAAAGGCAAGGGCCUUAAAAAGGCUGUCACAAAUGAUCGAUCAGCUCCUCAAGUCGAACCCAAGAGCGGCGGUGGAGGAGGCGGGGGCGGAGGCGGAGGCUCCAGCAUCGCAACCUCUGGAGGAGGUGGAUCUGCAAUGGGAGGACCGCCUGGUCUAGGUGGACUGUUUGCAGGUGGCAUGCCCAAGCUUAAACCCAGCGGUGGUGGGAGUCCAGCCAUCAACACGAGCCUUGGAAAACCGCCAACUCGACCUGGCGCCAGCGCCCCGCCCUCUCGUCCAGCAGCACCCUCAUCCGCUGCACCACCGCCGCCUCCUCCUCCUUCUGCAGGAGGCCGUCCAGCUCCCCCUCGAGGACCGCCUCCGCCUCCUACAGCAGCUGCUCCAUCUUUGCCAGGUCGAGGGGUACCUCCACCACCGAGCAGACCAGCCGCAGCAGCUCCAAGUGGAGCUCCUCCACCGCCGCCGCCGCCUCCUCCCGGGCGACCUACGAGCAGCACACCAAGCGCGCCUCCUCCGCCUCCGCCACCCGGUCGACCGAUCAGCAGCACGCCCAUCGCACCUCCACCCCCUCCGCCGCCUGGACGACCUACAAGCAGUACGCCAAGUGCACCGCCUCCUCCCCCGCCACCUGGUCGUCCGAGCGCCGUAGCUCCUGCCGCACCGCCCCCGCCUCCUCCGCCCGGCAGACCGACGAGCGGUGCGCCAAGUGCACCCCCACCUCCUCCUCCACCCGGUCGACCGAGCGCUGCUGCCCCACCACCGCCCCCUCCUGGCCGUCCUAGUGCUGCUGCUCCACCACCGCCUCCCCCUCCUUCGAGACCAAGCCCAGCAGCGGCAGCGCCAUCAACGCCUACUCGACCGUCUGCUGGCGCCCCACCACCCCCUCCUCCGCCCCCCUCCAGCGCAGCACCCUCCCGUACCGUCCCCGUCCCUCCAGCCGCGCCAUCCUCCGGUGCACCAACACCACCACGUCGCUCCGCGGCCCCUCCUCCGCCACCCCCUCCUUCAAGCGGUCAUUCUCGCUCGUCCUCCGCCGCCGCCCCACCCCCACCUCCUGGUCGAGCGGCCCCACCUAUUCGCGCCGCCGCUCCCGCCGCUCCGCCAUCGCGCGUCCCACCCCCCGUCGCAGCACCACCCAUUCGAACCGCCAGCUCCACCUUCGCACGCCCCAACGGCGGGUCGCAGAUCACCCGCGUCCCAUCCCCACCCCUCACAUCGGGGUCGCUCAGCUUCAGUCCAAGUAGCAACUUCCCCCCUCCACGCGGGUUCAAUGCUUCGGCUGCUAGCCAGCAUCGCUAUCCCAGUGGGGCGAGUAAGGGGAGCAGUUUCGACUUUGGUAGUCUGGCGUAG